CACGCUCACAAGUCAGGCAUCGUUUCAUCUCCCAGGAGCUCAUCAAAAUUCUCGUCACCUAACAAGAUGGUAAAACCUACAGAUUGGAUUCCUUCUUUGUGGGUUGAGACAUUUGAAGAAUUGCAAGACGAUGACAAUGAGCUGGACUAUGGAGACGAGUGGACUCUCAACUUUAACUACACUUUGACGGACAAACUCACCACGGAGCAGAGAAGGAGAGGCUGGAGGGUCUUCUGCUACCAUGCCCAUGGACAUUUCAAGUGUACAUCCUGCAAGAAGAUCUGGCCUUCAGCACAGGUGACGGUGUUGUUCCAUUACCGGUUGCGAGGUGGGCGGGGGACGGUGAUCAUGCGGCCCUUUGGACAGGCCUGUCGCAGUUGCCAGAACAAUACGUUUUACCUUCCUGGUUUUUAUAAGGAAGAGGUGGAAAAAGCCCUGCUCAGGCUGUGUGCCAAAAUCCGCAAAAAUUGCUACCGAGAUGAGGACGUCGAUGAUGAUGGUGGCUCAGUAUCCCCCAAGGUGUGGACCAAACCACAUGAGAAGACCCUGUGUGAGGCCUGCAGAAUGGGCAUCUGCUGUCAGGAUGAUGAAUAAAAGUGUGUGUGUGUGUGUGUUUGUGUGUGU